AUGUGGGAGAGGAAGUGGCCAGGUUCCUCCCCUUACUCACACCUUACUUCGCCUACAACCACACUACACCACCCUGCAAUCACUUCCUCUGCUGAGUUUUCUGCUGUUUUCCGUGUGAAUUCAUUGCCAGAGCUGUAUAUCCGAGUACCCAAGGCCACUCGAAGCCACGUGGAUCACAAAGCCACAUGGAUCACCAAGCCAUGUUUAUCAGCAAGCCACAUAGAUCACAAAGCCAAGUGGUGCAAGCCACGUUCGUUUGCGAUUAUGUGCCUAAUGACAGGGAAAAUCGUAAAGCAACUAGCUGUAAUGCCUGAAGAUCCAGAAGCACCUUAUGAUGAUAACAUUACCGACAGUUUCCUUACCAUCGAUGACAAGCAAACAUAUACUCCAGUCCAAGUGGCAGCAAUCGUGGCACUAACGAAUGGAUUUGCUCAGAUACUGCUGGGUAUAAUGCAGAUGGGAAGUCUGUGUGUGUAUCUCUCAGACAUGAUGGUAUCGGGGUUCACUACGGGAGCUUCAGUCCACGUUCUAGCUUCCCAGAUUCCUUUUCUUUUGGGUAUACAUACUCGCUCGUUCGACGGACCACUCAAAAUCAUAUAUAUAUUUAUAGAAAUCUUUACGCUGAUAUUUACAUCUAAUCCAGCUGUUAUGGUGAUUUCUGUAUUCACAUUAACUGCCAUGAUCUUCAGCAAUGAAAUUAUCAAGCCUUGGUGUCGCACAAUAACUAAACUACCGAUUCCUGCUGAAUUUAUUGUUGUCGCUGUCGGAACACUGGCUUCUUACUUCGGCAAGUUUAAAGAUACUUAUCAUGUCAAGAUUGUGGGCGAAAUUCCUACAGGAUACUUACUGUCACUGGAGGAGUUGCCAUAUAAUGUAGAGAUCUCAAAAUUGAGGCACCAGAAUCAACUUCCAUUAAAGAGUAUUACAGAGGUAUUAAGGAAGUUCCACAAUAUCUUCAAUUUAACCUCACCUCCUGAGUUUGUUCCUAGAAAAGUAUCACUCUUCAGACUAUUGUAA